AUGUCGGACACGUCGUCAAGUACUAAUGGAACUACCGAGGAGUAUCAUGAGGGACACGAAAAAGAGAAGCCUGACGGUUAUCAACUCGUGCGCGCGCAUAAUUACAUCCGUCCCUGGAGUCACAAGGACCAAGCCUCAGCUGAAGAGAAGGAUAUAGUUCUGCGCAUCAUCUGCAAAACUAUUGCAGACUUAUCUAAGAAGGACAUCAACGCCGCGGGGCAUAACUACUGGGUCUGCCCUCUAAAGCCGUCUUCACCUCUCUCGGAGCCCUGUUUGGAGAAUGAUGGCGUCAAGCGCUAUAUCCUUACGGCGGAGUAUAACGCAGGGCAGAUUACUGGCUAUUACUCCGAUUCAUGUAACAUCGAAGUUCGUAACGAGCACGGGUGGGUUCCGCUAACACAGUGGCUGUUGGAGCAUGAGCGCGAAAAGCAGCUAAAGGGAGAUAUGGGCAUCAAGGCGCAGCAAAUCUGGUGGAAGAACACUGGGAAGCAUUUCCCCCUAAUGGCCUUGCCCGCUGAACUUCGCGCCCUUAUCUUCCAGCAGACACUCGGAGGCAACAUCUAUCCCUCGUACUUCUACACCAGAAUUGGUAUUGAAACAGAUAUGGACAACAUGGUAGAUCCUGGUAGCAGUCCACAUUGCCCGAACCCUGACAUCCUGCUAGCAUCAAAGCAAGUAUACAAAGAAGCCCGAGAGGCGGUUUGGGAGGGUACGACCAAGCAUUUCUGCUUCGACUCCCAUUUCGAGGAAGUACUGUCGUACCCAUCAUUGUGGCCGACGUAUAACUGGCUCACUUCAGUCCAACUGUCAUUCCCCCUUGACGAAUACUUCACCUUUUUCGGAAUAGAAAUUGGGCCUACUCUCCAAUUCCAGCCGAACGGGGGACCCGCCGAACCUGUCAAAUCACUACAUUCUCUACGGGAAAUCGAACUCUACUUCGCCCCUCUGACACGCCUGAAGAACAAUCCUUGGCUGGAAUAUCGUAGGGAAUACGGCUCUCAAUCUUGGUUUUAUAAUGCACCAAAGUAUCGCGACAUGUCAGUUCACCCUUGUAUGAAGGCUGUCGUAGAUUACGUCGCUCUUGGAGCAUUCCCUUACCUUAGGCACAUUCCACGAGUCAACCUGAUCGGCGCCGUCAAGUCGUCCAUCAAGAAGAAAUGGCGACAAAUAUACGAUCAAGCGUACGCGAACAAGAAUUAUGGCUACGAGGUCGUUGGAUUCGACUAUGACGAAGAGGUCGCGAAGCUCUCCACUCGCAUGGCAUACGAGUAA